AUGUCUGACUCGCUCGUGCCAGAGACACGGGUGCUGGCCGUGGCUAGCCAUGUUGCCUACGGCCAUGUGGGAAAUACAAUGGCGACCUUCGUCAUGCAGUCCUUGGGCUGCGAGGUUGCCGCAUUGAAUACAGUCAAUUUCAGCAACCAUACCGGCUAUCGCCAAUUCAAGGGCACCCGUGCGACUGCACAAGAAAUUUCAGAUCUCUAUCAAGGCCUGUGCCAGAGUAACUUGACCGAUUUUGAUGUCAUGCUCUCCGGCUAUGCGCCAAGUGCAGCCGCCGUCGAGGCCGUGGGCGCCAUUGGCAUCGAUCUGCAACAGAGAGCCGAGAAGAAGCCGGGGUCUUUCUUUUGGGUAUUGGACCCCGUGAUGGGCGAUCAAGGCCGGUUAUACGUCAACGACGACGUCGUCCCCGCCUACAAGAAUAUCAUCCACCACGCCGAUUUAAUCCUACCCAACCAGUUUGAAGCCGAAGUCCUCUCCGGCAUCAAAAUUACUUCACUGGCCACCCUUGCUGAAGCAAUCACUGCCAUUCAUCGCAUUUAUUCUGUACCGCACGUUAUAAUCACCUCCGUCCAGCUUUUCAAGCUGUCAACCUCCGGAUCUACCCCCAGUCCGCCAGAGAAUUUCCUGACGGUAAUCGGCUCCACAACAAAGUCCGACGGCUCUCCACGCCUGUUUCGGGUUGACGUCCCCGCCCUGGACUGUUUCUUCAGUGGAACCGGUGACAUGUUCGCCGCACUGACGGUAGCUCGGCUACGCGAGGCCGUCGACGCUGCAGGCGACGGUCUCCGCAACACCCGUUCCUGGGUGUCGCCGGACGACGUCCCGUCCAGCCAGCUCCCGCUAGCUCAGUCUACCAUCAAGGUUCUUUCAAGCAUGCAUAGCGUUCUUGAGCAGACGAUGGAGGCUCGCGAUGCGGAACUCGCAAAAGAUGUCCCAGCCCAGAAUGGGGAUGUGAGUGCUGAAGACAAGCAGAAGCGUGAACAUCUACGACGGACUAAGGCUGCAGAGGUGCGGUUGGUUCGUAAUACGCGAUUCCUGCGGGAUCCUCCUGCUCAGUUUGAAGUGCAGGAGUGGUGCAAAGAAGAUCUUCCGGCACAGUUGCAAUAG